AUGUCAAGAACAAUGUGUUUACUUUUUGUUGUUAUACUGUUCUUUGAAAAAAUUCAGACGAAGAUAGAUACACUCGACAAAAAAACAAUUGAUGGCAUGAUUUUGAAAAUGCUUUGGGAGAAAGUGUUCGGCCAGUAUGAUGCUAAGUCGAAAGAAUUAGCCAUAAAGAAAAUUCGUAAUGGAGGCGACUACGACACACUAGUUAAACAGCUUAUGAAAGUGCAAAAGGACAAAGUGAAAAAAAUUAUUAAUUUGGUAGCCGAAGUGAUGUUAGUGUACAUGAGCUGA